UCCCAAAAGAGUUGGUUUACAGUCAGUUUGGACGCGUCACUUCCCCGAGAAUGGCAGCGGACCUAAGGAAAUAACAAAAGUUAUUGUGUGUUUUAAUAAAAAUGAUAGCUUUAAUUUGCUGCAAUAGUUAAUUGAUUUUUAGUCUUUCGGAAGAAAGGUGCGCCUGCAGUUUUUCUUUGAACUCUGAACAAAUAUUUUAGUCACAAAAUGGCAAGCUGUGAGAAGAAAAAUACCGAGUCUGCCGAUUUACUGGGGAGCAUUGACUACUUUUCCAUCCCUCUGGUUGCACUGAACUUCUCGGUGAGGAAAAAACUAGCUCUGUUCCUCAAUCCGAGAGCUGUAGUGGCGGCGGACUGGACAGUGCUUGCCGAGGAGAUGGGCUUUGAGUAUCUGGAAAUUAAGAACUACGAAAGAUUAGACAAUCCCACCGGAAAACUGUUGGAAGAUUGGCAAGUCAAGGACGGGUCUUCUGUGGGAAAAUUAAUGCAGUUACUCCGAAAGAUAGAACGCGACGAUACCCUUGAAGACGUGACACCAGAUAUUGAAGCAAGCUGUCGACGAUAUCUUAAUAAACCAGUUCAAGUGCAAUCAGUGGAUAGCAGUGAGUCCAAGAUCCUAAGACCAGGAGGAAUAACAAUAAAAGAUGACCCUACAGGAGCUGCACCCGAGUUCUUUGAUGCCUUCAUUUGCUAUUGUCAAGCUGAUAUUGAGUUUGUCCAUGAGAUGAUCAAGCAGCUUGAGCAGUCUGAGUGCAAACUGAAGUUGUGUGUAUUUGACCGCGAUGUGCUGCCAGGGUCGUGUGUCUGGACCAUCACCAGCGAGCUUAUUGAGAAAAGGUGUAAAAGAAUGGUGGCGAUAAUCUCUGAUGACUAUUUGGUCAGUAAUGAAUGUGACUUUCAAACAAAGUUUGCUCUGAGUCUUAGCCCAGGUGCCCGAGACAAGCGCCUGAUCCCUGUCAAGUACAAGCAGAUCAAGAGGGAAUUUCCAAGCAUUCUCCGUCACAUCACGUUGUGUGAUUAUACAAACCCAAGCACCAAAGCGUGGUUCUGGAAGAGGCUCGCUAAAGCACUCUCACAACCGUGAGAGGAGACCCUAGAGGGAGCAGAGGUACUCUAGGUGAUUAUGGUGAUUACACUGUAAGAAUGAAGACAGUUUCAGGUUCUACCACAAGCUGAUUCCAUUAAAUCUGUUCCAAAUGAUCAGCUCUGCUAUCUUGACUAUACAUUACUUUCUUCAGUAUUAAAAGGAUUGGGUCUCUUCUCACUAGCGAUGUAGAAGAAAAAAUGUAUUGAAUAACUUCAAGAUGCAGCCAAGAUCAAAUCCUUAAGAUGCAGAACUAUUUUGAGUGUUAAAUUCAGUACAUUUUGCUUCAUAUAGAAACAAAUCCACCACGUCUAUAAAGAUACCUGUUGUCACACAUAGUUUGCCUAGAAUAGUGUCAGUUUUCACAUUUACCUCAACACCUAGCAUGGCGUUACGACCACUUCUCUCAACUUCUUAACUGUUUCUACAUUGUCAGACUACUUGUCUGACGUCAAUACUUGAUAGGCAGAAAUUUUCUCCAGUGAAAUACUGGGAAAAUUAAAGACAUUUAAAAAUCUGAAAAUGAGAGUCUAAUAAUGAUCAUGAAACUGUUAUCAAUUAUCAGGAAAACCCAGCUAGUUCACUAAUGCUCUUUAUGGAAGGAAACUAUUGCUCUCACCUACAUGUGACUCCAGACCCACAUCAAUAUGACUGACUCUUUGCAAUAAAUGCUGGCCGAGCCAGUGAUAUCCACAUCCUGCGAAUGAAUAAAAAACAAAAUCUCUGCUAUAAAAUUUGUUCCCUGGACACCAACUCUAAUGUUUUUAAUAAUUGACACUAAACCACAUCUUUUACAAUCUUGAUGUUGGAAUUAGUAAAAAUGUAUAUUUCCUCUUCCAUAACAUCUGAUUCUGCUACUGUCUUAAAUUAUCUGUUGCUGAAACUCUGACUUGUGCCCAUGUUAGCUCCAGAGUUGACCAUUCCAUUCCUGGUUAGUUUGACACAUGUUCCAUUCUCUGAAAUUUAAGGUCAUCCAAAACUCUGCAGCCUAUAUUCAAACUAGCAUUCAGUCCUGUUCACCCAUUGCCCCUGUGUUUACUGACCUCCUAUUACUCCCAGAUUAACAAGGUCCCUUUUUAUAUAAUUUUUGUUGUCCUUGUAUUCAAUUCCUUCCAAGGGUUCCCUACUCCAUAUUACUGUAACCUCAUCCAGCCCAUAACAAAGAUAUCUUUGAGUUUUAGCUUCCUAACCAUCUGUGACCUUAAUCACUUCAAAACUGAUUAUUGUGCCUUCAGCUGAGAUGACCCUAAAUUCCUGCCUUUAAUCUCUAUGCAUCCUUAUUUUGCUUUUGUCUUUGAAGAUACUCCUUCAAACACAUCUCUGACCAAACUUUUAGUCAUCAUCCAUAAUAUCAUGUAUUUUAGUGUCAAACUUUGUUUAGAUUUUGCUCCACCUAAACACUUUAGAUCUUUUUAUAAAAUUAAAAGUUCCAGAAAAUACAAGUUUUUGGUGGAAUCCAGAACCAGAAGUGAUCAGUAUAAAGUAGUAACUUGUGAACCCAGUAGAACAUUUACAUGUCAUCCCUUACCAUUAAUAGUAAGGUGGAAUAGUCACCAAAAGGAGUUGUUGAGAUAAGUAGCAGAUGCAUUUAAGGAGAAGCUAGACAGGCACAUGAAGGUAAAGGAAUAAAAUAUGUCGAUUGGUUAGAUGAAGAAAUCUGAAAGGAGAUUUAUUUGAAGUAUAAAUGCUGGCAUUGACCUUUUGGGCUGAAUAACCUGUUUUCAAUUAUAUGUACAUCCCAGCAUGUCACUGAGAAUCUGUAUACAGCUUUGGAGAAAAACCUAAAACUAACUGAUAUCAAUACAGAUGACCAUAAAGCUCUGAGACUACUGUAAAAAAACAACCGUUUCAUUAAUGUCCUUUGGGGAAGGAAAUAUGUCAUCAAUACCAAUGGUGGUAAUUUAGCUUAUUUGUGACUCCAGUCCCAUGCUGAUGUCUGAUCAUUAAAUAUCCUCUGAAAUGAUUUGAAAGAGGUCCAUAGUCAUUUUCAGUGCAGAUACAAAUAGUUAGUUAGUGACUCUUGAACCUUGAUGCAGAAACCGUAUAGGAGAAUGUGUUGCAACUAACAUUUAUUUUUCUGACAACUUAAGAAAAAUGAACUUGGUCUCUGUGGGGACAACUUUCAAUUCAACUUGUGGAAAGGGCUUUUUUUUUCCUCUUGGCUGUUACAUAUUCAGUAAAAUUGUCAUGUUUUUUCAUUAAUGUUUUAUGUAUUUUUUAAUGUGAAAAACAGCUAAAAUAAUAAAAGUUUUAUAGAAGUCCA